AUGAGUAAUUCCCAAAUGAAUAUGAAGUAUCAAAUUUACAGAUUUCAUUCAUCUUCUGGACUUUCUAAAUUUCAUGGUCAUAAUGCAAAUGUAUUACCAACCUUACCACAAAUCACUUUGCCUUUCCCUCCAGUAAUUCGUGCAAUUGAUAUCGCAAAAAAAAGAAUUCGUUCAAAGAUCUGUAAGAAAAGUCCAAAUGCUUUUUUCGUAUAUAGAAAAGCUUUUGUCGAUCAUCUUUCAAAAUUACAACAUAAAUUGAAAAUGACUGAAGUAUCUAGGUUGGUUUCCUCUCAUUGGAAGAAUGAAAAACCUGAAAUUAAAUUAGCUUAUGAAAAUAUCGCCAAAGAUGUUGAAAAAGAAUUAAAUGAUAUUAGAAUUAGAGAUUUGGUUUAUGCUGAUAUUCAUGAAAAAUGUAAAAGAAGAAGAAACAAAAAUCUUGAAAAGCGUGCUCGUCGAUCUGCUGCUUCUUUUGGCUCCUUCGAUGCUUGCAAAAAUUUUGUGUCAACCAUUGAUUUCUCUAAGGAACCUCCCGUUGAACCAAUUAAUCUUCAUCAAUCUCAAUAUUCAACUUUUCCCGACAAGACUCCUUCGGAUUCUUUUUCAUCUUUAGAAAAUUCUAAUAUUUCCAAUAACAUUACUCAGUUCUACGAUUAUGCGAGUAGUGAUGAUUUGGAUUGCAUUACUCUUGAUUCUAAUAAUCCUAUUUUUGAAAACAAUACCCAUAAUUCUGUCAAUAUCCAAUCACCCAUUGAAUCAAAUUUCGUUCUCGACCCUAGUAUUAAUACUAAUAUUUCCGCUACAUCACAAAUUGAUCAAUUCGUUUUCUCGGUUCCCGAUUGUCAUCCCGAUAUCGCUUCUCCAUAUGAUGAUGAUUCUGCUUCCACUACUAGUCCUACAAUUUCUGAACAUUCCGAUUUUUUUCCUACGCAAUUGGCAGAUGAUUUUCAAUCGAAUGAUAUUUAUAAUGAAAACCCGCAAAUCAUUAUUUGUUACGAUAACAAUAUGUAUUGGGAAUUUCCUGAUAGUCUAAUUACAAAUCGUACUUUCGAUUAA